CCUGUCAUUUCAAUCCUGAGUAGCUCUUGGAUCCUUCUCCGGAGGUGUCGCUUUUUUAUUUUUUCAUUUUUUUCGGGGCUCUGCUCUGCGCUGUUCUCUUCUCUCCUGCUGUGCCGCACGCGCUGUACACUUUGUAGCACGGCACUGUACCGAAGCCCAACUGUAGCGCCCCCCAGCACAGCGUCACUCACUCACUCACUCACUAGCUGUGCCACCGCCCUCCAAACACGCGCCCAUCAUCAUCACCGCCUAUUGUCCUCCAAAGGCGACUUUUCGCCUCUCGCUGUCCGCUUUGCGUUCCUUGCAUCAUCCGCAUUUCUACACUGUUUGCGUUUGCCGCUCCCUCGCAUCGGAUGCCAUCUAAGCAGCACUAGCACCAGCAAUAACAAUCAUCAACGGAUUUCUUCAGCGCACGAAAGAAACAAUCAUCACAACGAUAGCUAAUAUCCACUAUAAACAAGAGUAUACAGUACUGUACACUGGCCCGCCCAAACAAACGCACACAGCAUCGUACAAAGUAGCUGUCGCUCCUCGGUUCUACUGGCUGCACCCCUGCCCCCUGGCCUAACCCAGCGCACACGCCUUGUUCCUAAUGCCCCUCAGUGGCUUAUCUUGGGGGAAUACAACACGAUCAUAUACCACUUUUUCCUCGCUACCGAGUUUUUCUCUUUUACGCUGAUCUUCCCUCCCCCAAAGUUGGCUGUCUCUGGCUUCGCCUCUCUUGCGCCUUUGCUCUGUAUCCCGGCGACAACUCUCUCAGGGGACGGAGAGACUCGAGAAAACAGCCACCUCACAACUCCUCACCCACCCGCUGCACACCCCCGGAAUUCCGCGGCUGCUGUUACUGUUGCGCCAGUCUCUUGGCUGUGGUGUUUGCUUGCUUGUCUGCUUGCCUCUGGCCGCACGCACACCCCCGACGCUCGAGUAACCAUCCGCCUGUAGCUUGCCUGUCCAACCAGGUCGCUGACUCUUUGUGCUCACCACAACCGCCCAAUAGCCUUGUGCUGUUUCGGGUUUUCGAUCUGUUUCUACCUGUUGCUGCCCCUGCUGCUGCGCUUCCUCACUUGCCCUGAGCAGCCGAUGGCUCCGUGCCGCCCUCGCUCCUUGCUCGACAACUGACCGACUCGUCUCCCGACUCCCCGGUCUGUGUGCCCUCGUAUAUCUCGACGGCCACACCAAACAUGGACGGCCCUUCAGAUAGCAAACGCCCGCGCAUUGCGACAUGGUCGGCUUCAGCAUCUCAGACUUCUGCCUUGCCUCACCCGCAUGCUAAUGCCCAGCUUCCUCCUCCCCAGUCUCAUCACCAUCAACACGCUGCCAGCCCAUAUCCUCUGCACUCGCAUCGACCCGGCGAACUUGGCAGCGCGCCGCCGCCCGCUCCUCCUGGGCCGCACGGCCAUGGUUUGCAACAUCCCGAAGUUGAUCGAAGACGUCACGAACAGGACCUAGCUCCUAUGCAGGAUCAUUAUAGACAACAGCCAUCAUCGCAACCGCCGCCACACUCGCCGGCGCAAGUCUCCUACGCCGGUUAUCCUGCUCGCGACGCCGCCAUCAAACGCGAGGCUGUAGACAACCAGCGCCGACAGAGCUCCAACCACUUGCCUGAUAGUCCAGCUCAUCACCAUCAUCCACCUCCUCAGCACGUAAGUGCUAGCUAUCCGGAAUCUCAGCGGCACAUGCCGUAUGACAACAGCCCGGGCGGAUAUCGUCCUUCAUAUCCGCCUCCGACACCUCCAGUCUCACACCCGCAGUCCUUUGAACCCCCCGCCGUCUAUGGCCAGCCGCCUGCCGAGUCGUUUUAUAGUAUAUAUUCGUCCGCGACGCCGUCCAAGAAGAAGAACACGAGGGCAUCACAGGCCUGCGAUCAAUGCCGCCAACUCAAAGCGAAAUGUGACGAGACAAAGCCUUGCAAGACCUGUAGAGACAAGGGUACCGAAUGCCGGUAUAGGGACCCAGUGCCCAAAGCCACCGACAAGGCGCAGUCCGAUAUCCUCGACGGCAUUACAAUGAUGCAGAACACUCUGAACACGCUAACGGAACACUUCCAGCGUAUGGAUCAACGCCUAACCAAGAUUGAAGGCACCAUACCCGCUGUACCGGGCCCAAUCAUCAAAUCCACGCCCGGCUCUGAGAGCAACUCCGUAUCGCAAGAAGCCUCUCUUCCGUCCACAUAUCAAGAAGCCCAUCGCGAUCAGCCCAUGUCUGGCUCGGUCCCGCCACCCAGCAACAACAUACAAAUGAUGGAUGAUGAUGAAAUGGAGACUGAGCCUGGGCCGCCCGUGGCACCUGGAGAGCCAGCCAUUCCCAUGAAUCAUACCACCCUAGCAGGCCUCUUGCUUGACUGGCCUCCUAUUAGGGCUCUUACACAGUCUCAUUUGGAGAGACAGGGUGUGAAAUACGCUGCCGAAUUUCCUAUUGCUCAAGAGCAAAACAGAGGACUAUUAAUCCCGUAUGGUCGUGGAGAGGAUUCAACAUGGACUCGUCGUCAGGCCGAAAUGGUCGACCACGGAACGAUUGAUUCGUCGUCAGGCGAGUCGCCCGAAGUGUCCUCUCCUUCGCCAAAGACAGACUGGGGAAACCUUGGCUCGCUGAAUCCGGUUGAUCAUGUUGAGUAUCGCGGCGGAACGUUUACAUCGCAGGGAAAUCCAGAUUUCUCUGAGGAAAAGAUUUGGCUUUACGUCCAGAGUUUCAAGGACAACAUCCUCAACAUGCACCCCAUCAUGCAGCCGGACUUGCUGGAUGCAUAUGUGCAAAGCUUUGUUGACUCUACUCCAGUUUCAAACUCCCCAGUCACGCAGCCACAGGCCACCCCAGCCUUCGCUGUUGGAGCUACUGAAACUGUAGGAUCGAAGCGCAAACGAUCUCCCGAUGGGGAUGACACAGAACCAGCACCUGCACCUCGAAGUGGCCGCCCUAACCGAAACAUCCAAUCAGCCAUGGUUCUAGCUGUUCUUGCGCUAGGCAAAAUUUGCUUGUUCCGCGAUCAUGUCCCAGAUGCGCUCUACCAGGUUGACCCAACAGCCCAUGGCAGCCCAAUGAUGCGCAACGGGGUUCCUGGCUCACCAAGCCAAACCUCGUCUCCUGGGUUUUUAUCUCGCUCACUGUCUUCCGGUCUACCGUCCCCUCACAAUGCAGACCCCAACGCCCAGAACCGCAGGUCUUCGUUCCAUACAUCUGGUGCCGUAAAGGGCGGUUACAACCUCAAAAAGAACUGCGACGUUAUCCCUGGCCUUGAGUACUACGCUCUUGCAUCUGAUAUUCUUGGAAACCAUGCUGGUUCGUAUAACAGGCUUACCAUCGUCUACGCCAAUAUCUUUGCCGGCCUCUUCCAAGGCCAGCUAGGUCGCCCACUCGAAAGUUUCGCAUAUAUCCAUCAAGCUAGUCAUAAGCUUCAGGUUCUCUUACGACCACAUCUUGACCGUCUUCGAGGCUUCAAGCGCAACAACGUUCUUAUCCCAGACACGAGAAAUAACCAGUAUGCAUUGGCGUUUUGGACUUGCUUGCAACUCGAAAGCGAUCUCAUCGCAGAACUUCCUCUGCCUCCCUCUGGUCUCUUGUCGUAUGAAGAUGACAUGCCGCACCCCAACAUGAGCUUGCUCCGCGGCUACCCACAGCGUGUUCUCGAUAGCUACCCCGGCCAGCUUUACCUGCGCACCCACCUAAACAGCAUUCAUCGCAUGUUUUACUCCCCGGAGGACCCAAGCAAGAAGUCAAGUGGCGAGAACAAAUUCAAGAAUGUCGAUCUCGUAUCAAGCGCCGUCUCAGGUAUGGACUGGGUGGCGCCGAGCUUCGCUUUCAAAGAAGAUGACCCCCCUGCCGAUGACAUUCUUGCUGCGCGACUCCGUGCCAAGUACUGGGGUGCUCAGGUGAUCACAUACAGACCCUUUGUGAGGCAAAUCUUGCAAUUUUCGCACAACUGCAAGCAUCCUUCGAGCUCCAACGUUCCAGCAGUUACAGAAUUCCGCGAUGACGUCGAGAUUCCCCGUCUCAAUCCCGAGGCUAAGACGAGCAGCGAUAUUGACGACAGCCUGCUUGAACUGGCUAAGAAGGGCAUCAAAGCUCUUAUUGAGAGCACGAGGCCCCUGCAUGGCUUGGGCGAGCAGCGUCCCAUUAUUACUAACGUCUUCGGUACCGCCCAUGCACAAUGGGGCAACAUGCUCGUUUUAUCAGCAGCCUAUAGAGACCCAAUUCUUCGACCCUUUAUUGACGAGGGCUUGCUCCGGGUGCUCUUUGAGAAGACAAUCGCAUUCCUGCGCCAAUCCGCGCCUCUCACGAGCUCCCUUCGCAUCGAUAUGAACAUCCUUGACGGCGUCUAUAAAGACAUCUUCCACGGUUCGGAAACCCGCCCGGGGUCACAACUGUCCGGCAAGAAUGCUGCUAUUGCUGCGAACCAGGUUCAAAAGCAGGCCAUGGUCCCCCCAAAUGCGUUCCCCGCCCAGACGGACUCUGCAGCGCGCCACGGCGUAAAUGGCAAUGGCGUGUAAGCUGCUAGUUGCGGAAGCAAGGAGCUACGUCAGGAUUUUUAUGGCCUUCCUGAUAGGGUGGCUUAUUCACGAAACCCAAUUUGACUGCUGGCAGUCACUAUUCAACGUUGAUCUAUUGACUGCUUAUCACAAGCGGUUCGAUACAUGCAACACUAUACGUCCCCCCACGACAGUAUAGUAGGUCGAUGCCCACUACCUACUUGGACUUGACUUCACGUUUACUUCACCACUUGAUGUUUCAUUGUAUUCGUUUUUAUACCUACCGUUUUUUAUCUACACAGCACUACAUCUCUUAUCGGUCACCCGCUGUCGAUUUCUUUUUCUUUCUUUUUUGGAUAUUUUUCCUGCUUAUUCCCUCAGUACGAUAUCUAGUUAUUUUGAUUGUUGCGAUUUACCAGCCAUGUACACUGUGGAGGAGAUACCACCUGGAAUACUCUUUUUUUAUUACUCUUUUAAGUCUGAUAUACAUAUGGGCGCCAGCUGAGUGAUUUUUUGAGGAAAGUGGAAAAGAGGACUACGGGAAGAUCAGAGGAAAUAAUGGAAUAUCGGAAAUGCAGAAUGGAAGAGAUUAUGUUUGUAAGAAAUUGUUUCGAGAAGAAGUUCGAAAAAUGAACAGCCCUACCUUGAUUAUUACUCCACAAGUAUCAAGUGAGACAGCGUGUAAAAUAAAAUCGUGUGAUAUAAGAGUGUAUACUAUGUUCCAACCCAGAUAUACAAAUGUCAAGUUGCUACAGCUAUGUAGAGCUAGCAACUAGAACCAACCAACCAUUGUCUACACUUAUUUUUGUUUCGCAGAACCACAAACGCCGUACCCAAGAUGCAGACAAAAUGCUACAAAAGAAAACAACCUCUUAGAAUCGUGACCCGUCUCUUGCUGUGUUAGAGAGUGAAGCCCGCUCUAUGUUUCUCCGUAAGACAAGCUCUCAAGCAUAGAGCCCGUGAGCAAGGCGACUUGGGCUCGCUCCGUCUCCUGCUCAACUCUGCGACGUAGCAUGCGGAAUCCGCGCUCCAGAUCCUCAUUAGCAUCGGCAUACUCAGAGUACAGCUCAGUUACGUGCAGACACGCUUCCACACAGACGCUAACGUAAUGAGGGUCGCAGACGUGGAUGCCGAGCCACUGGAUAAUAGGCAGCAGGGUGAAUUCGUUGCGGUCGACAAGGGCAUCGCGCAUCGCACCGCGGUGGCGGAGGGCGAGAAGCAGCGUCAGCGCGCUCAUGGGCGAGUAGUCUGGCUUAGUGCGGUCGACGACGUAGUCGAGGGCUUCGGCGUAGCGGCCGUGGCGAAGGUCGGCUUGCCAAACACGCUCCUUCUUCUUGCCGGUGCGGUCAUUGGCAAUGGUGACGUCGGCGCCCUCGCCGGCGAGGUCAAGUCGGGACGAAGCCUCAAUGCGGCGCUUGCGCUUGUUCUUCUUGGCGUCGUGUUCCUGAAUUCGGCCUGCGACGAGAGCUUCCAUUUCCUUCUCGCGCUGCUUCUCGCGGUUCGCUUCGUGGCCAGUCAAGCGAGUACGGACGCUAAGCAUACCAGACUGCAUGCCGACGGCAAGGUGGCGGUCGACAGCAUCGUUCUCAUCACCUGUAGCGAUGACCUUUGCGGAGAGGAUGGGCGAGGGGUACUUGAUUGUGUUGACGGCGUUCCAGCCGGUGGUCUCAAACACCUUGACGUGGCCGUCAAGACCUCCCGAUACGAGACGCUGGCCAUUAGACGCCAGGCUCAGCGACGUAACAGUCUUUUGGUGGUUUGUAAUAAUAGUCAGCGGCUUUGCUGCAAUAAGGUCCAAGAUGGUGAUGUUCUCGCCCGAGGCAGCCGCAAUAGUUGUGGCCGUCGAGAGCGGCAGGACAGCCUCAAUGGGAGCAGCGUGCUUAAAGGUCAUGAUUGGCGCCGAGUGGCCAAUGCGGGGGUCCCAGAUCUUCACGGUCGAGUCGUAACUUCCCGAGACAAUCAUGUUCGACAUGGUUCCGGACAGAUAACUAGCAGAGCGGACGUAAUCCUGGUGGCCCGUAAAGGUUGUCAACGGGUCGUUGUUGGUCAGGUCCCAGAGUCGCACGGUUCGGUCGUCGCUGGCACUAAGGAGAUGCGUCUGAUUGCUAGGGGAGAACUUGGUGACCCAAACAGGCUGCUUAUGGGUGAGCCAGGUGCGCAGGAUCGAUCUGGUGUUUGCCUGGAAGACUUGCAUGCGGCCCGAGUCGUCACCAGCCACGAGGGCGUUGCCAUCCUGACGGAUCUCACCGGAGCGUGCGACGUCGCUGAACCGCGUGAUAGUCUUGAGGAGUUUUCUUGUUUUCGUGGAGAAGAUUUGCACUCGUGUGCCGGUGGUGACGGCAAAGGAAUCGUUGUUGGAAGAGAUGUGCGUGACGGGAUAGGUAGUUGGCGAUGGGAUGACGAGCUGGUUCUUGAAGGUGCGCCAGUAGCGCUGCUCAGCGGUAAUUGGCGCAGGGCCAGAGGCCAGCUUGACCUGCUGCAGAGGUCCUACUUGGGCCGCCAUGUUGCUGUUGUGAUACUCGGUAGGAGGUGUGUGGGAGUCG